GUAUGUUUUUGCAAUUGUACUCCACCACAUGUUCCUGCUUAAUGAUGUACACUCAUGCAUUUAAACUCUGCUCCAUUAUCCAUCCUCAGAUGAAAAUAUUCAUUUGGGUGGCUCUAAAUUAACCCUUACCUCACUAUCUUCAUUUCACCAUGGGUUCCACAAAAUUAAAUUUGUCUUCUUUUUCACUACAACCUGGUAUUUCUAUGUGGCACCGUGCUUCAAGAAGUUGCAACAAGCGCCUUAGAGCAUAGUGUGAUAUUAGUGGAGUUUCUUCUACAAUUUGUGUCCAUGGAGAAAAAUUCUCUUGAUUAUAGUCCUUUGCUUUCUCCUCGUGGUGAUGAAAAUGGAAGUGAGACAACAGCAUCUCCUCUUGUGUCAGCUACUAAAUGGACUCUCAAGACUUUGAUCUUGAUGAUCUUUGUUCUAUGGGCAGCUUUCAUCUUUUUUCUCCCUGCAAAGCCUGUGAAUGAGUUGUUCUCAAAAUGGAAUGAUCUCAACCGUGACACUCCUUUUGGAGUCACAGGAAGCAUUUUUCUGGUCUUCACUGCUCCAAUUCUCAUAAUUGCAUUUCUUGCCAUUGCACACCAAAUUCUUACUGGGGAGGAUCAGCUUCAUGAGAAGAAGACUUCCAAACUUCCAAGGUUCCGCCUAUGGACGUUUCCUGUGUUUGUGAAGGGACCAUUUGGGGUUGUUUCUGCCACAGAGCUUAUUGGGAUUGUCCUCGUUUUGUUGUAUGUUAUCUGGGCUCUCUAUGCUUACACUGUGAGGGCGCUUGAUUUUAUCUCUGAAUUUGAUGUGCCAUCCUUUAGAGACAAGAGCAUAAUCAUGUUUAAAGUGAUGGGACUUCGCACGGGUGCAAUUGGGUUGAUGUGUUUGGCUUUCCUGUUUAUCCCAGUUUCAAGGGGAUCCGUUCUUCUCCGCUAUAUAGAUAUCCCUUUUGAACAUGCCACAAGAUAUCAUGUAUGGCUGGGACAUCUCACAAUGGUGCUUUUUACUGUCCAUGGACUCCUCUAUGUUAUUGCAUGGGCAAUGGAAGGCCACCUUGUACAAGAAUUAAUACAAUGGAAAGAUAUUGGUGUUGCCAAUCUCCCAGGAGUUAUCAGCCUUCUAGCUGGUUUGUUAAUGUGGGUGACCUCUCUUCCCGGAGUGCGGACAUGGAACUUUGAGUUGUUUUUCUACACCCACCAAUUAUAUGUAGUCUUUGUUGUCUUUUUGGCCUUGCAUGUUGGUGACUUUGUUUUCACUAUGGCUGCUGGGGGAAUAUUUUUCUUUGUGCUCGAUCGAUUUCUGAGGUUCUGCCAAUCACGAAGGACAGUUAAUGUAAUCUCAUCCAGAUGCCUUCCAUGUGGCACUGUGGAAUUGGUUCUGUCAAAACCUCAAAGUUUGAGAUACAAUGCACUAAGUUUCAUUUUCGUUCAAGUCCGGGAACUAUCAUGGCUGCAGUGGCAUCCAUUCAGUGUUUCUUCUAGUCCUUUGGAUGGAAAGAAUCACCUUGCUGUUCUCAUAAAGGUUCUUGGCAAAUGGACAGAAAAGUUGAGACAAAGGAUUACUGAUGUCGAUGCACAAAAAGAUUCAUGUGUCAUAACAACUUCAGUUGAGGGGCCAUAUGGGCAUGAAGUACCAUACCACUUAAUGUAUGAAAAUCUUAUAUUAGUGGCUGGUGGUAUUGGACUCUCACCCUUCCUUGCUAUAUUGAGUGACAUUCUCCACCGUGUUAGGGAGGGGAAACCCUGUCAACCGAGAAAUAUUUUACUUGUUUGGGCGGUAAAAAAAUCAAACGAGCUUCCACUUCUCUCAACCAUUGACAUGGAAUCAAUUUGUCCAUCAUUUUCAAAUAAAGUAAACAUUGUUAUUCAUAUUUAUGUCACCCGAGAAUCAGAUCCUCCAUUGGAAGAGGGAUAUAGUUACAAACCAAUAAAAUCUUCAUUCUGUCCUAUGGCUAGUGAUUGUGGCAUGUCUGUUUUGGUUGGUACAGGAGACAAUUUUUGGUCUGGACUAUAUGUCAUCUCAUCUACCGUUGGCUUUGUGAUAUUGCUGGCUUUGUUGUAUGUUUACUACGUAACCCCAUUUCACAUAGAAACAUGGUGGUACAGGGGACUACUAUAUGUAAUCUGCAUGGUUGCAAGUGUUGUUAUCUUUGGUGGUUCUGUGGUUGCAAUGUGGCAUAUUUGGGAAAAGCAAAAUUCUUUGAAGGACAAGUCCAAUGAUACAAAGGUUGAUAAGAUUCAUCAAAAUGGCUCUUUGGCUACCAAGGAUCAAAGUCAAGACAGUAGUAUUGCAAAGUCAACGGUCAUUCAUUAUGGUUCCAGGCCAAACUUUAAAGAAAUUUAUGACUCGAUAUCAGAGAAAUGGGGCCUUGUUGAUGUGGGUGUCAUAGUUUGUGGCCCUUCAACACUUCAGACAAGUGUUGCUGAAGAAAUCAGGUCACACAGUAUGACAAGACAACGCCAUCAUUCCAUCUUCCAUUUCCACAGUCACAGCUUUGAUCUCUAGCUUCCCUAAUGGAAGAUGGAAGACAUGCAUUCACUAAAGAAAAAAGCAUAUAUAUAUAUAAUGUGUAUUGUAUAUAGCAGUAAUCAAAUUCUAGAACCCUUUGUAGCAUUGGUGCUAUAGUAGCCUACAGUCCUUAGAAGGGUUCUAAUUCUAAGCGGGAUGAUAUGAUUUUACUCCUUAAUUAUGUGAAUAUAUGCAUUAUCACUCAGACAUAUUUAUAUGCAAUUUUCAGCUUCCUUGAA